AUGUACCUGAACUAUCUCGUUGCGGGCCUGGCCCUGUCCGGAUCUACUUUGUCUGCGGCUUUGACUCACUCACUGCAUAACAUUCACGUGGAGAUUCUUGAUCAGUCCUUUGAAGAUCAUGUUAAGCUAGUCUAUGGCAAUUGCAAUCUACAGUCUUCUGUGGAUGGCCAUCAUGAAGUCGCUAGCGUCUUCGUCCGACGGGACGUGAAACCAGACAGACUAGUCUGGGUGACCCCCGCAGACACCAUGCACAAUCAAUGCCUCCACGCCUUCUCCGGGUCCAACUUGCUGGGUUGUUCGUCACCCGUUGCCAUUGCUUCUCCACUCACCAAGAGGGAGAGCAUCGCCGAUGUGGCUGACAUGAUGGGACCCUGGUUUGAUGGCGUUACCUAUAUGAAGUCAAAGCACAAUAGCGAAGCGUUCGUCUCCAAGGCCAAGAAUAACUCGGUGGCCAUCGUCGGCAGAGGUAUGUCGGGUCUAAUAACAAGUCACCUCCUCGAGUCUGUUGGUAUCCACAACUGGCACAUCUUCGAGUCAUCUCAGCAAGUAGGUGGACGCAUUCGCACCAAGUAUCUGAACCGCACCCGUCCCGGUCAAUACCAAUAUCAGGAAAUGGGUCUCAUGCGCUUCCCUGUGAGCAUAACCAACGAAGCCCUUCAAAUUAUGGACCAUCGCAUGCUCUCUCAGAUUGCGGAUGUUUUGAAUCAAAUGAACACUGAUCGACCCGACUUGCGAGUCAAUUUCAUUCCUUGGAUCCAGAGUAACCCCAACGUCCCUGCUUCUUCAGGUGGGGUGCGUCUUGCCGAUGGUCGUAUUCCGACUGCUGCUGAGACGGCUGCCAAUUCGUCGCUUGUCUACACUCCAGCAUCGUUCAAUGCAACGGCUGCCGCUGAUGCAAAAUCAGCCUAUGUCUCUUACACCCAGCUGGAUAAGCACGCGACUAUUCAAGCCAUUACAACCAACAUGUACGCUGCUCACAUGAAAGCCGUGGAAGAUGGUAUGUUCCACUGGUCUGAGGCUGGCUACUUACGCUACGCGCUUGGAUACGAUGCCAACAUCACCGACUAUGUGGCCGGCACCGGCAACACGCCUCUGGGGUGGCGCACAAUUGACCAAGGCCUGGAGUCCUUGCCACGAGCAUCCUUCCCCCACGUCGCAGAUCGAGUGACCUUCAACAGCACUGUUCAGGGUCUCGUUUACAAAGAAGCGACAGAGAAGAUCUCGGUUGCAUGGCGCGAGGAUCCUUUGCAGAUGACUCCUCAGACAAGAGAAUUCGACUAUGCCGUUGUCGCCGCCCCCUUCAGUGAAGUCCGUCUCUGGGACCUUCCGCGAUAUUCAUCGCUCCUGUCUCGGGCCAUCGCCUCGUUGAACUACUCUCCUGCCUGCAAAAUGGCUCUGCACUACAAGACGCGCUUCUGGGAACAUCAAGCGGAGCCCAUCCGCGGCGGAUGCGGCUCAGUGGAUAUCCCGGGUAUCGGAAGUGUCUGCUACCCAUCAUACAACAUCAACGGUACUGGACCCGGCGUUAUCUUAGCGUCGUACAUCUCCGGGACUCUUGCACGAUCCACUGCCGCCUUGAGUGUUGAGGAACAUGUCGCGCUGGUCCAGCGAGCGAUGAUCCAAGUGCAUGGUGAGGUUGCCGCCGAACAAUGCACCGGCGUGUAUGACCGCCAAUGUUGGGAAUUCGAUCAGCAUCAGGCUGGAGCGUGGGCGAGUCCGCUGACUGAGUUCAAGACGAUCUAUGUUGGAGAACACACCAGCUAUACUCAUGCGUGGAUCUUUUCGGCUCUUGACUCUGCAGUUCGAGGGACAACUCAGCUGUUGCUUGAUCUUGGUCUUGUAGAUGAGGCAAAGUUAAUUGUCAAGACGUGGAUGGGCAGGUGGAUCAAGCUUUGA